AUGCAUGCACGUAUCAAAUGGAAACCGAGUUUUAAUCGUCGUGUUAAUCCGGUCGCCAUUCUACAACUGUGCGUGGGACGUAGAUGCCUUAUCUUCCAACUCGCUCAUGCAGACUACAUUCCCUCUUCGCUUUUGGACUUCUUGGAAGACGACAGAAUCACAUUCGUCGGAGUCGGAAUUGAGAAGGACGUGGAGAAGAUUUCCCGGGACCACGAUUUAAGUGUUUAUUAUUGGAAGGAUCUCCGGAGUUUGGCAGCGAAACAGUUCUCCAUGCCAGAGCUUAAGAAUGCGGGGUUGAAGCGGUUGGCAUGGGAGGUUCUCAAGGAAGAUAUUGAUAAGCCAAGAUAUAUCACUUUGAGCAACUGGGACGCUUAUUCCCUUACUGAGGCACAGGUGCGUUAUGCUACCGCUGAUGCUUUUCUUUCUCUCGAGAUUGGGAUGGAGUUGCUUUAA